AUGAACAUGUGGUGUUGUAAGCUAGUUUGUCUCAUAGAAAAUUUGACUGACUCUAUUAUUUCCUUGACUUCUAUAAAUAAUGAUAUAAACAUCACAAACACAAACCAUUACACUUCUUCGGAUCAUCAAUUCCACAUUACCCUUUACACCUUUUCUCAAUACUAUUUCAUUUUGCUGUUCUUCAAGAUGAGUGAAGAGAACGGUGAAGAAGUUCCAAAAACCCGUCCAACUCCUCGUUUGAAUGAAAGGAUUCUUUCAUCUUUGUCAAAGAGAUCCGUUGCUGCACACCCUUGGCAUGAUCUUGAAAUUGGACCUGGAGCACCACAUAUUUUCAAUUGUGUUGUAGAGAUCACUAAGGGAAGUAAGGUCAAAUAUGAACUUGACAAAAAGACUGGAUUAAUUAAGGUUGAUCGGAUUCUGUAUUCGUCCGUUGUUUAUCCUCAUAACUACGGUUUUAUCCCACGAACUCUAUGCGAAGACAACGAUCCACUCGAUGUCUUGGUUCUCAUGCAGGAGCCUGUUAUUCCUGGUUGUUUCCUGCGAGCUAGGGCCAUCGGACUAAUGCCAAUGAUUGAUCAGGGAGAGAAGGACGACAAAAUCAUUGCGGUAUGCGCUGAUGAUCCUGAGUAUAAGCACUAUACUGACUACAAAGAACUUCAACCUCAUCGCCUGAUGGAGAUUCGUCGCUUCUUCGAAGACUAUAAGAAGAAUGAGAAUAAGGAGGUUGCAGUUAAUGAGUUUUUGCCACCAUCCACUGCUGUUGAAGCCAUCCAACACUCAAUGGAUCUCUAUGCUGAGUAUAUUAUGCAUACAUUGAGGAGAUAG